GGCUACAAAUAAACCCCUCCUGCAACCAAUUUAGCCUAGAAAAAUAUCUAAGAGCGAUUUAGUCCUCAAACUUUCAUGUCGAAACGACGAGUUCGUUGAAGAGACAUCUACGCCGUCAAGGAGUGGAGAUCGGAUCCGAAAAAAUCAACAAUUUUUAGAUAAAAAAAAAGAAAUAUUAUAAAAAAAUGGGCUCACUCGAUGGACUCCCUAUCGAUAUCUUGCGACUGAUAGUUGAAAAGAUAGUUGGUCAUGCAGAUGUUCUUCGGUUUGGUGCUGUUUCUAGGAAAUUCCGCUCUUUUGUCAUGGAUAAUCUUCACUCACUUCCGUCGAAAUUACCAUUGUGCCUCUGUGUCCUGCCUAGUAAACCCCCUCCCCUGCCAUUGCUAAUGCAGUGUAAUGACAACGAGUGGGAAAACAUCAACUUCUUUUCUAUUUCAGAUGGGAAACGGCACGGGGAGUUUCUCGUGCCAGAAAUAAGAAAUAAGUGGCCUGUUGGAUCCCGUUAUGGUUGGUUGUUCACGGUUGAUACACAAGGUAGAAGCAUACAGCUGCUGAAUCCGCUAACAAGGGCCCAAAUCCCUCUACCAUCGCUUGACGCAUUCGAACAUCCCACUAGUUGGGUCAAUUACGAUGGACACACUGAUUUCGGAUUUGUUCUUAAGGCUGUCAUAUCAUCAGAUCCUUCAAAUAAGAGGAGAAAUUUGAAUGGUGAUGAUGAUUGCAUACUAGUGAUUGCAAUCAUCACUAUGUUUGAAGUGCUAUCAUUUUGUAGGGUCGGAGAUGACAAGUGGACUAAUGUAGAGGGUUCCCCCUUGUAUAUCAAAGAUGUCAUCUGGUACAAGGGUGAGGUUUAUGCGGUUGACGGGUAUGGGGUAGCUGUUGUUUAUGAUUUUGCAGGUGAUAAGACGAUCAAACAAAUUGCAUAUUCACCGGACGAUUUACUUGACUGUGAGAGGUAUCUGGUUGUGUUGACAAAUGGAGACUUGCUACAAGUUGUAAGAGAGAGAGAGUAUGAACGGUCAGACAAAGAAGAAGAUGAGUUUUUGUUGCCAACAUGUGAUUUUGUGGUGUAUAAGCUUGAAGUUUUUGAUGAGCCAGUCAAGCCUGAAGGUGUUGGCUACUCCACCCUCAAAACUCGGGGCACCACCCUCGACCGCAGAAUCCCAACUAACCACAAAUUCAAGUUUAAAUGGGUUGAGAUGGAAAACUUGGGAGAUCACGCGAUAUUCGUGGGUCAGAACUACUCAUUUUGUGUGCCUGCAGGUGAAUACCAAGGAUGCAAGCCAAAUUGCAUAUAUUUUACAGAUCAUGGAGGGCUCCAUAGCAUCAUUGCAAGGGGAAAUUUGGACCAGGAGAAGAUCCAUGAAUACUCUGCUUGUGACAUGGCCAUUUAUAACUUCAAAGAUAAGCAUUUUGAAGAGUUUACCCAACUAAAUGACAGGUAUCAUGUCCCGCCCAUUUGGAUCACUCCAAACCCAUGGUAGAUAGAUGUAUUGUUCGUUAUUUCGAUCUUGUUUCCGAUAUGUGAGGUUUUUAUUUAUAGGGUGUGGCCAAUUCAGUCAGGUACCUUAAUAUGUUUAUGCAGUGUGUGGUUAAUUUAGUCAAGUGCAUUACUCUGUAUGUGAGAUUUUUAUAUAUGCAGUAUGGUUAAUUUAUUUAAGUACA